AUGGUUGCGGAAAGAAUCUUAUCAGAAGCGCUGGCGUGGGCGGACCAUCCGUACGAUCCGUCGAAGCGGCAGCAGUCCCGGCUAUACGUUGGCGGCGAGGGCGGCGUUGGCAAGAGCCAGAUCAUCAAAGCCAUCAUGGCCGGCAUGGACUUGAUUUGCCGUAAGCAAGAAGUUAUCCUAAUGGCCCCAACGGGUGACGCUGCUGAUAAUAUCGGCGGGAACACGUGCCACACGUCACUUGGUAUCUCCAUAGAUCGGUCGCGACGUACAGCAAUGGGUGCCCGUGUCCGAAAACUAUGGGCUCGAAAGACCAUUAUGAUCGUGGACGAGAUAAGUAUGGUGGAUCUCGGAAUGCUCAGCGUAAUAGAUAGUCAUUGUAAAAUCGCUCGAUCUCUGGAACGGGGUUCCACCGACUUCUUUGGCGGUCUGCCAGUAGUGAUCCUGAUGGGCGACUUCUUUCAGUUUCCGCCUGUCCGUGGCCCACCGUUGUGGAAACCACCAAGAAAUGGGAAAGACGAGGAGCAGAAUGGCAAGCUGAUCUGGCUUCAAUUCAACCAGGUAAUCCUCCUGGAUGAACAAAUGAGGCAGGCAGAAGACCCACCCUUCCGACACCUUCUCAGCCGUGCACGAACUGCCACCUUGUCCGUAGAUGAUCUGAAUUUGCUCAAUUCUAAAGCAAUCACGUCACUCGUUGCUCCUGACUUGGGGGAUACAACGAUAGUAGUCAAACUAAAUACACUUCGACAGCAGGUAAACCGCAUUCGCAUGGAGCAUUUUGCAAGGUCUCGAGGACAGAAGAUCUUCGCCUUCGUCGGGCUCCAUACACGCACCAAGUCAACUGGGCCGACGAAUUUGCGACUGCACGCCGAUGACCUGCUGGGCCUUCCAGAACAAGGCACCAAGAUUCCAUUUCAGGCCUGCUCCUGUACUCACCGGCCAUGCCUGUGGCACUACUAA